CUAAAGAGCUUUCCCACGAAACCUGAGGAUGACGCACACAACACCAAGGGAAAACCAUUGCUAUUCUGCCUUCAUGGUGCGACCUACUGCGCAAAGUAUUUCGACGCCCACGAGAAGUAUUCUCUGAAACGAACAUCGGAUCUGCUCGGUCUGCCAGUGAUUGCCAUCAAUAGACCAGGCUACAUGAGCACCCCGGAACUACCAAAACCAAAGAAUGAAGGAUCAGACACGCAUCUACAGAACGAGAGCCGCUGGCUCCACCGCCUUGUGCUUCCAACUUUGUGGCGAGCAUAUGGUCCCAGCUUGGGUGCCACGUCGAUCGUGUUGAUUGGGCACUCCAUUGGGGCUGCUGUCGGUAUCAUUAUCGCAAGCAAACACAGCAGCCAGACGAACAGCGGAGCUGGAACUGCAGCACCGGGAUAUCCGCUUUCCGGUCUAGUAAUAUCAGGUCUAGGAACACAAAAAACCUUCCAACCGGACCCAGGUUACCUGUCUGUAUUACCGCCUUUCAACGAGGAAGGCCAGCCAAUGCAUCAUCACUGGAAUCAUGAACCCAAGACAAAGCUCAUGCUCAACUCAGACUAUGGCCAAGCACCCCGCGACACAAUCAUGGCUCACGAGGCAAUAUGCACUCCAGGCCUGAGCACCGAAGCCUUGGACUUCAAUGCGCCUGAGAACUGGCCUGCUUACUGGACUAAGCUGGCCGCCGAGAUCACCAUUCCGGUAAUGUACUUUCUGGGCUCGGACGACCAACUAUGGGAAGGUACUACGGAGCGCGUCGAAGAGUUUGCCAGUGCUUUCAAAAAGACGCCGAGAAUCGAAAGAGGCGUCAUGGGAGGCUCGGGACACUGUAUAGAAUUGAGUUGGCUCGGACCGGCUUGGUACGUGAGAUGUGCCGGUUUCGCGAUGGGAUGUGCGAUAGAGGCUGAGCUCCUGGGAUCG